UCGCUGCGACACCCCCGGGACUCGCCCGGCUCCGAUCCCCACCUGCCCGGCACGGGCUGCUCCCGGAGCCGCCUCAGCCCGAAAAUAAGAACACACCUUGGAGUCCUGAGCUGCACCACAGCCUCCGAGCGCUGCCCCAGCCCCGCUCCCCCUGGGCUGGGCCACACCGAGCUGCUCCUCCGUGCGGGGAUGCUCAAUGGCUUUGGCAGCCGCAAAACCUCCAGCCCUGUGCUUCCUGAGCCUGGGCUGGGGGAGGCCAGCGGGGAAGGGCCCCGGAGUGGGGAUGCAGGGCCCGAGGAAGGGAUGCGGCCCCCCAGGGCAGAGGGAAAGCCCUGCUCAUGCGGGGCAGGGACAGCAGGAGGCACAGGCUCAUCCUCCUCUGGUGACAGAGGAGUCACAGCAGCCCUGGCUCUGUCAUGUUUGGGACAGGAAACAGAUGCUGCCUGGUGAGGAAGCACCUGAGGAGUAUCAGAGCACCUUGUGCCUGCCCCGGCAGGAACCUGGUGGGAACAGGGGGGACUGGGUGGAACCCCCACCCCCGAUUUGGCCCCAGCUGGGCUCGGUGGCAUCGCCCUCGGACACCGUGUCCCCACGGGAGAGCACCUGCCUGCGGAGGAAAAGGGACGGGCAGAGCCAGAGCUGCUCAAUCUGUGCUGCUGGAGCGCAGGGGCUGAUCCAUCCUCCGGCUCCGGGGUCAGGGAGGCAUCACAGGGUGGAGCCCCUGCUCCGCACCCUCCCUCUGCCUUUGCAACUGGCUUUUCUUUCUCGUUAUCUUGCUCUGGUUUGAUUGGGAAUUAAUUUUUCCCAGGUCAAGUCUGUUUUGCACAUGCUGGUAGCAGCAGAGUGACCUGUCCCUGUCCUUCCCUUCACCCUUUGGUUUUCAAACGCAGCCCCUUCCCCAGCCCGCUGAGCUGCCUCAGCGUGACAGUGACAGAAAGAUUCACUGCACUGAUAAGUGGUCACUGUGCAGCUAACAGCUGUUGACGUUUCUGCACCUCUAGAGCGGCUUGAAAGAGGAACCUGUAGAACUAACUAUUUCUUUAGAAGCUGCUCAGAAGGACUGUGGAAGGACGGUUCUCCCUUGCAAACAGCUUCCCAAGGCACUUGGCUGGCUGGAGGCUGCUGAGGGGGUGCAGUGAGCUCCAGGAGGGGUCUGCAGAGAGGGGAAGGGCUCCUGGGUGCUGAGGUACCGGCAGAUUUCCGAUUUGCUGCCCGAGUGCUGAGGUGAUGGAAUAGCACAAGGUGUGGAUGCUGGAGAACCCCGGACCAGGCGAGCCCGGCGCCGGGGGUCCCACGCGCGGCCGGCGAUUCUCCCAGGCUUCCUGCCAGGAGGGAGCGGCUGCAGAGCUCAGGAUGCUGAACAGCAGCCUGGCCCUGAGCAGCCUGGACGGGAUUUACAUCGGCACCGAGUGCCUGCUGGCCCUGUGUGCCACGCUGGGCAACGUCCUGGUGAUCUGGGCGGUGAGGCUGAACGCGGCCCGCCAGAACACCACGCUCUACUUCAUCGCCUCCCUGGCGCUGGCCGACGCCGCCAUGGGGCUGCUGGUGAUGCCCGUGGCCGUCGUGGUGAGCCUGGGCAUGGCCAUGCCCGCCUACAGCUGCCUCUUCAUGUGCUGCCUGAUGCUGGUGUUCAGCAACGCCUCCAUCCUGUCCCUGCUGGCCAUCGCCAUCGACAGGUACCUGCGAGUCAAGCUGCGCACCAGAUAUAAAAGAAUCACUACAGAGAGGAGAGUUUGGUGGGCCCUGGGGCUGUGCUGGUCCCUGUCCCUGCUGGGAGGGCUCGUCCCCAUGUUUGGCUGGAACAAGGCAGGCCCCAGGAGCUCCAGCUCCUGCCGGUUCAGCUCCGUGAUGAGGAUGGAUUUCAUGGUGUAUUUCUUCUUCUUCCUGUGGACCCUCCUGCCCCUGCUCAUCAUGUGUGCUCUGUAUGCCGAGAUCUUCCACAUCAUCCGCACGAAGCUCAGCCAAGGCUCCGGCGUGAGGGGGGCUGGGGCUUUCUAUGGCCAGGAGUUCAAGACAGCCAAGUCUCUUGCACUUGUUCUCGUCCUGUUUGCAAUCUCCUGGCUGCCUCUGUGCAUCAUAAACUGCGUUUUCUAUUUCCACCCCGAGUCUGAGAUCCCCCAGUAUUUGAUUUACUUGGCAAUCCUCCUAUCCCACGCCAACUCUGCCAUGAACCCCAUCGUCUAUGCCUACAAGAUAAAGAAGUUCAAAACCACAUACCUUUUAAUUUUAAGGACCUACAUCCUGUGCAAAAAUCCAGACCCAGCUCUUACAAAGAGAAGACCCGCAGUCAUAAAGAGAGGCUGAAGCAGCCAGUGAGUUCCAUGGCACUGAUAAAGCACCUGGCCUUGCCAAGAGACUCUUGGGCACUGCAGCAGCCCGUGGGACUGAGGCUGCUCUAAAGCCCCGUGUGAAUAUUUGCCUUUAUGUGAUAUA